AUGAAGACCCCUUCGAGCAUCGAUGCAGUGGCCAAGGAAACAAUCAAACUUAGUAAAUCUCAGGGAGCUUUUGAAGUUCCAGCUUGUGAAUUUUAUAGGCAAGUAAUGAUUCAUCCAUAUAUUAGCAUCACCUUGCUUAUUUUUUAUUACAGGAAAACGGGACUUUUCCGAGGGAAUAGGUUAGUCGUCUCUCUAGCCUCUUCGAAAAGUACAACUAGUGGGGUGACUCGUACUGUGUCCGAAGAACUUCUAUCCUACUAUUCAGACGUCAUCGAGGAGAAAAUCAAAUCGCCACCCGUCACGAGUGAUAGCGAUGAACAAGUCAAGACAAUGUCGCUCGAUGAGUGGGACGUCGAGACUUUCAAUAUGGCACUUCAGUGGAUGUAUAGUGGCAACGUCAUCAUCAGCAAAUCGUCUAAAUCCUUUGACCAAGUCCGAUCGUACAUUCAAUUUUUUAAGAUUGUAAAAGCAUUAAAACUCGACGGCUCUCUCGAAAUGGUAAAACAAAACCUUAAGAAUGCACUUAUUGCCGCAACGGAAAAAGAGGAUGACGAGGAUGAAGAUGCAUUCACUUGCAACUCAACAUUUAAGGAAGUGCUUAAAGAUGCUUUUGCGAAUCCAGUCGACGAAUCUGUCCGAGAGCUACUAGCAAGUUUCCUCGUCGAGCCAUAUGCCAAGCACCUGCUUACUGCUGAUACUGCUAAUGUGAAGUCGACGGCAAAAACAUUCAAAGAUUUAUUCAACGAAGUUGAUGGUCUAGAAUUGAGAGUUUUGAGGUUUGUAGCUUCAUUGUUGAAUGAUAUGGCGUUGGGCAAGCCGGAUAGUGGAGGCUUUUCCCGAUUGUCGAUGCACUGCCCGUUGACGGGAAAGAAAUUCGCGACGGGCAGUGUGUUUAAGAGGGCGAUUGUGGGAGCGAAGUAG